AUUUAUCUCCAAACAGCAAGAGGGAAAAAAAAUGGCGAGUCCAAAUCUCUCGUCAGCUUUCUUGUUCGCUCUCCUCCUCUCCAGCCUCCUGGUCUCGCCCUCCUUCUCCGAGCUCUGCAACGCUCAGGACAAGAAGGUCCUCUUGGCCAUCAAGAAGGCCCUCAACGACCCUUACAUCCUGGCCUCGUGGAAGUCCGACACCGACUGCUGCGACUGGUACUGCGUCGCCUGCGACGACACCACCCACCGCAUCACCCAGCUCACCAUCUUCGACGGCACCCUUGAGGGCCAAAUCCCCGCCGCCGUCGGCGACCUCCCUUACCUUCAGAUGAUCGACCUCAACCGCCUCUCCCACGUCACUGGCCCCAUCCCCUCUUCCCUCGGCAAGCUCAAGAACCUCACCUUUCUCCGCCUCAGCUACCUCAACCUCACCAGCUCCAUCCCCGCCUCCGUCGGCCAGCUCUCCAAGCUUACUUUCGUGGACCUCUCUCACAACGACCUCACCGGAAAGAUACCCAAUUCGCUCACUUCGCUCAAAAACCUCGACACCUUCCGCGUGAACGACAACCAGCUGUGCGGUCAGAUUCCUGUCGGCGGCAAGCUGCAGAGCGUCGGCGCGUCCUCGUACUCGAACAACAAGUGCUUGUGCGGAGCUCCGCUUCCAAGCUCUAUCAAGAGGAGCGCCGCACAAGCACCGGUUGUGGAAGUACGCGGUCGAGUCGAAACUCUGCAGCUUCCCCCCGACCGGGAUCUCCCCGCAAAGCCGGUUGUAGCUCACAUUGAAGAUCUGAAGAUACGUGACCCCGGUAAUCGCCGCCGGAAUCCCCCCAAAGAUCUUGUUGUGGCUCAGGUCCAGAGCGAUCAGGUAGAUCUGCUGCGCGCUCUUGUUCCUCCCGAACAGCGCCGAGGGGUCGCCGGAAAGUUGGUUCCACGACAGGUCAAUGUAUGUGAAGUCGGCAUCCCCGAGUGCUGCGGGGACCUCACCGGUGAGCUGGUUGUGGGACAGGUACAGGUCGAGGAAGAUGAGGUUGGCGAGGUCACCAAGGAAUCCCGGGACGGGGCCGGAGAGGUCAUUGUAGCUGAGGGUCAAGUACUGGAGGUUCUUGAGCUUAAGGAGGGAGCGAGGGAUGUUUCCAGUGACGUUGGGCUGCUUGUGGAGGUAGAUAUUCUCAAGGUAAGGGAGGUCGCCAAUGGCGGAGGGGAUGGGGCCGGAGAGGUCGCCACGGGGGAGGUUGAGGGCGACGAUGCGGUGGGUGGUGGUGUCGCACUCAACGUUGUUCCACUCGCAGCAGUCGGUGGCCACGUCCCAGGAGGAGAGGACGUAGGCGUUGUCGAAGGCUUUCUUGAUCCGAAGGAGGGCCCUCUUGUCGUCGGCGUUGCAGAGCUCGGCGGCGGAGGAGAAGGUGGGGAGGACGGCGGAGGAGACGAGGAGGGAGAAGAGAAUGAAGUGGAAGUUCCACAUUGCUUCGCUGACGAUGGUGAACCACGGCCGUGUCCUCCUCCCCUUCCUCCUCUCCCCCUCCAUUUCCGCCGUCCUCCUCCGCCCCGCCUACUCCCAGCUCUGCCACCACAGGGCCGCCCUCCUCCUCGUCAAGACCUCCCUCAAAACGCCCCCUUGCUCUCCUCCUGGAGACCCAACACCGACUGCUGCAAGCCUGCAACUGCAACCUCACCAGUCACCACCCACCGCAUCGUCUCCCUUUAUAAUCGAUGGGGGCUUCGCCCCCGCCGUCCGCAUUCCAACUGCCAUCGGCGACCUUGCCGCCCUCGAGGUCCUCACCCUCCAGAACCUAACGGGCCUCUCCGGCGCCAUCUCGCCCGUCAUUGUCUAGCUCAAGAACCUCAAAUACAUCACCUUCACCGCCAUCAACCUGGCCGGGACCAUCCCCUCUUAUCUCAGCCUCCUCAAGAACCUGACGUUCUUGGACCUAUCCUCCAACAAACUCACCGGGUCCAUCCCGAGCUGGCUCUCGCGGAUCCCAAAGCUCCGGUACCUCCGCCUCGACUGCAAACCGGAACGAUCCCCAAGUCGCUGAAGCUGCUCGAGGGCAACCAACCUUCCCUGGUCCUGUCGGACAACCAGCUCUCCGGCGAGGUCCCCACCUCAUUCCAAGGGGUCAACUUCAGGUACAUGGAUGUGGCCCGAAACAUGCUGAGGGGGGACGGGUCGGUGUUCUUCGGGGCAAACAAGGCCACGGAGAGGAUCAACCUCUCGAGGAACAGGUUCGAGUUUGACCUGUCGAGGGUAGAGUUUCCGAAGAGGCUGACCGGACUGGACCUGAGCCACAACAGGAUCUUCGGUAGCAUCCCGGAGGGGAUCGUGAAACUUGAGCUUCUUGAGUAUUUGAACCUGACUUACAAUGGGCCGUGGGGGAAGAUCCCGGCCGGGCCGAGCUUCGGUUACGAGUCCUACUUCCACAACCGGUGCUUGUGCGGCACUCCCCUCAAGAGCUGCAAGUGAACCGGUCGGGUCGCCGCGGUGAUAGGGUGGCUUCAAGACCGAUGGCGACCACCGUUAUACUGUCCGGUGUGUUUCCCAGUGCUCAUUGCACUUCGAGCGGACUCGUUCUCUCGGAGUCGG